AUGAAAGGCAAAAGCCUGGGCAACCAGGUGAUUCAUUUUACUGUCACUGUAGAUGGAAAAGGGCCUGAUUCUUCUGUCAGGAAGUUAGUGGAAAAUGUCAAUGCAAUCCUUGAAGAAGAAGACAAAAUGACUCACAUUAACCUCAGCAUACAUGGCCAAGGAAUUAGUCCUUCUCUCCACCAAAUAAUCGAAGAGUUCAAUGAUUCCCUGAACAAAAAGCCUAAUGUUGAUGUUCCUCCACUCGAAGAAGGAAUCCCGACGAUCCCGUUUACCUUUAAAAUACGAGGCCAAAGUGAUGAUGCCACUCUAAAGAGAUUCGUCAGAAAGAUCAAGGCUUUGCUUGGCAAGGAAAUGGAAAUAAUGGAUUAUUCUGUGAGCAUGAAAGGCAAAAGCCUGCGCAACCAGGUCAUUCAUUUUACUGUUACUGUAGAUGGAAAAGGGCCUGAUUCUUCUGUCAGGAAGUUAGUGGAAAAUGUCAAUGCAAUCCUUGAAGAAGAAGACAAAAUGACUCACAUUAACCUCAGCAUACAAGGCCAAGGAAUGAGUCCUUCUCUCCACCAAAUAAUCGAAGAGUUCAAUGAUUCCCUGAACAAAAAGCCUAAUGUUGAUGUUCCUCCACUCGAAGAAGGAAUCCCAAGGAUACCGUUUACCUUUAAAAUACAAGGCCAAAGUGAUGAUGCUACUCUAAAGAGAUUCGUCAGAAAGAUCAAGGCUAAGCUUGGCAAGGAAAUGGAAAUAAUGCAUUAUUCUGUGAGCAUGAAAGGCAAAAGCCUGGGCAACCAGGUCAUUCAUUUUACUGUCACUGUAGAUGGAAAAGGGCCUGAUUCUUCUGUCAGGAAGUUAGUGGAAAAUGUCAAUGCAAUCCUUGAAGAAGAAGAAGACAAAAUGACUCACAUUAACCUCAGCAUACAUGGCCAAGGAAUUAGUCCUUCUCUCCACCAAAUAAUCGAGGAGUUCAAUGAUUCCCUGAACAAAAAGCCUAAUGUUGAUGUUCCUCCACUCGAAGAAGGAAUCCCGAGGAUCCCGUUUACCUUUAAAAUACAAGGCCAAAGUGAUGAUGCUACUCUAAAGAGAUUCGUCAGAAAGAUCAAGGCUUUGCUUGGCAAGGAAAUGGAAAUAAUGGAUUAUUCUGUGAGCAUGAAAGGCAAAAGCCUGGGCAACCAGGUGAUUCAUUUUACUGUCACUGUAGAUGGAAAAGGGCCUGAUUCUUCUGUCAGGAAGUUAGUGGAAAAUGUCAAUGCAAUCCUUGAAGAAGAAGAAGACAAAAUGACUCACAUUAACCUCAGCAUACAUGGCCAAGGAAUUAGUCCUUCUCUCCACCAAAUAAUCGAGGAGUUCAACGAUUCCCUGAACAAAAAGCCUAAUGUUGAUGUUCCUCCACUCGAAGAAGGAAUUGUGAGGAUCCCGUUUACCUUGAAAAUACAAGGCCAAAGUGAUGAUGCUACUCUAAAGAGAUUCGUCAGAAAGAUCAAGGCUUUGCUUGGCAAGGAAAUGGAAAUAAUGGAUUAUUCUGUGAGCAUGAAAGUCAAAAGCCUGCGCAACCAGGUCAUUCCUUUUACUGUCACUGUAGAUGGACAAGGGCCUGAUUCUUCUGUCAGGAAGUUAGUGGAAAAUGUCAAUGCAAUCCUUGAAGAAGAAGAAGACAAAAUGACUCACAUCAACCUCAGCAUACAAGGCCAAGGAAUUAGUCCUUCUCUCCACCAAAUAAUCGAGGAGUUCAAUGAUUCCCUGAACAAAAAGCCUAAUGUUGAUGUUCCUCCACUCGAAGAAAGAAUCCCGAGGAUCCCGUUUACCUUUAAAAUACAAGGCCAAAGUGAUGAUGCUACUCUAAAGAGAUUCGUCAGAAAGAUCAAGGCUAAGCUUGUCAAGGAAAUGGAAAUAAUGCAUUAUUCUGUGAGCAUGAAAGGCAAAAGCCUGGGCAACCAGGUGAUUCAUUUUACUGUCACUGUAGAUGGAAAAGGGCCUGAUUCUUCUGUCAGGAAGUUAGUGGAAAAUGUCAAUGCAAUCCUUGAAGAAGAAGAAGACAAAAUGACUCACAUUAACCUCAGCAUACAUGGCCAAGGAAUUAGUCCUUCUCUCCACCAAAUAAUCGAGGAGUUCAAUGAUUCCCUGAACAAAAAGCCUAAUGUUGAUGUUCCUCCACUCGAAGAAGGAAUUGUGAGGAUCCCGUUUACCUUUAAAAUACAAGGCCAAAGUGAUGAUGCUACUCUAAAGAGAUUCGUCAGAAAGAUCAAGGCUUUGCUUGGCAAGGAAAUGGAAAUAAUGGAUUAUUCUGUGAGCAUGAAAGGCAAAAGCCUGGGCAACCAGGUCAUUCAUUUUACUGUCACUGUAGAUGGAAAAGGGCCUGAUUCUUCUGUCAGGAAGUUAGUGGAAAAUGUCAAUGCAAUCCUUGAAGAAGAAGAAGACAAAAUGACUCACAUUAACCUCAGCAUACAAGGCCAAGGAAUUAGUCCUUCUCUCCACCAAAUAAUCGAAGAGUUCAAUGAUUCCCUGAACAAAAAGCCUAAUGUUGAUGUUCCUCCACUCGAAGAAGGAAUCCCAAGGAUACCGUUUACCUUUAAAAUACAAGGCCAAAGUGAUGAUGCUACUCUAAAGAGAUUCGUCAGAAAGAUCAAGGCUUUGCUUGGCAAGGAAAUGGAAAUAAUGGAUUAUUCUGUGAGCAUGAAAGGCAAAAGCCUGGGCAACCAGGUCAUUCAUUUUACUGUCACUAUAGAUGGAAAAGGGCCUGAUUCUUCUGUCAGGAAGUUAGUGGAAAAUGUCAAUGCAAUCCUUGAAGAAGAAGAAGACAAAAUGACUCACAUUAACCUCAGCAUACAUGGCCAAGGAAUUAGUCCUUCUCUCCACCAAAUAAUCGAGGAGUUCAACGAUUCCCUGAACAAAAAGCCUAAUGUUGAUGUUCCUCCACUCGAAGAAGGAAUCCCGAGGAUCCCGUUUACCUUUAAAAUACAAGGCCAAGGUGAUGAUGCUACUCUAAAGAGAUUCGUCAGAAAGAUCAAGGCUUUGCUUGGCAAGGAAAUGGAAAUAAUGGAUUAUUCUGUGAGCAUGAAAGGCAAAAGCCUGGGCAACCAGGUGAUUCAUUUUACUGUCACUGUAGAUGGACAAGGGCCUGAUGCUUCUGUCAGGAAGUUAGUGGAAAAUGUCAAUGCAAUCCUUGAAGAAGAAGACAAAAUGACUCACAUUAACCUCAGCAUACAAGGCCAAGGAAUUAGUCCUUCUCUCCACCAAUUAAUCCAAGAAUUAAAUGCUUCCUUGAAAAACAGGCAGAAUUUUAUCGGCUCUGUACCCCGCGAAGGAGGCCAGCAGGCCCAGUUCACGUUGAAGAUACAAGGCCAAGGGGAUCAAUCUUCUCUAAAGAGAUUCGUCAAAAUGAUCAAAGCUUUUCUUCGCAAGGAAGGACAAUUAAAGCAUUAUUCUCUGCGUGUGGAACGCAAAGGACAGAGUAACCAGCUGAUUCAUUUUACAAUCACCAUAGAAGGUGAAGGGACUGAUGAUUCUCUCAGGAGAUUAGUGGAAAGCAUCAAUGCAAUCCUUGAAGAAGAAGAGAAAAUAUAUCACGUUACCCUCAACAUAGAAGGCCAAGGGAUUGGCUCUUCUCUCCACCAAUUAAUCCAAGAAUUAAAUGCUUCCCUGAAAAACAGGCAGAAUUUUAUCGGCUCUGUACCCAGCGAAGGAGGCCAGCAGGCCCAGUUCACGUUGAAGAUACAAGGCCAAGGGGAUCAAUCUUCUCUAAAGAGAUUCGUCAAAAUGAUCAAAGCUUUUCUUCACAAGGAAGGACAAUUAACGCGUUAUUCUCUGCGCGUGGAAGGCAAAGGACAGAGUAACCAGCUGAUUCAUUUUACAAUCACCAUAGAAGGCGAAGGGACCAAUGAUUCUCUCAGGAGAUUAGUGGAAAGCAUCAAUGCAAUCCUUGAAGAAGAAGAGAAAAUAUAUCACGUUACCCUCAACAUAGAAGGCCAAGGGAUUGGCUCUUCUCUCGACCAAUUAAUCCAAGAAUUAAAUGCUUCCCUGAAAAACAGGCAGAAUUUUAUCGGCUCUGUACCCAGUGAAGGAGGCCAGCAGGCCCAGUUCACAUUGAAGAUACAAGGCCAAGGGGAUCAAUCUUCUCUAAAGAGAUUCGUCAAAAUGAUCAAAGCUUUUCUUCGCAAGGAAGGACAAUUAACGCGUUAUUCUCUGCGCAUGGAAGGCAAAGGACAGAGUAACCAGCUGAUUCAUUUUACAAUCACCAUAGAAGGCGAAGGGACCAAUGAUUCUCUCAGGAGAUUAGUGGAAAGCAUCAAUGCCAUCGUUCAAAGAGAAGGGGAAAUAAAUCACAUUACCCUCAACAUAGAAGGCCAAGGGAUUAGUGCUUCUCUCCACCAAUUAAUCAAUGAGAUCAAUGCCUCCUAA